AUGGUUGGCCGGAAGGAUGGGGCUGGCUCUGGCGCUGGGGAUGAUCCGUUUGCGAGAUUGGAGGGGAAAGUUGAGGAUAAGAAGGCUGUUGAUGAGGCGCGGAGUCGGAUAUUGGAGUUGCAGCGGAGACAGAAUCGGGACUGGGAUGAUCCGUAUGAGGUGUCGAGGCGGUUGAGGAAGGGAUUUAGGGCCGACCGAAAGGUGCUGGAGAAGAAAGAGGCUGGGAAUGAGGCGCUGAAAGACAAGAUGAGCUUGGGGAUUGAUAUUGCGGAUGAAGUGGAGGAGGAUACGCUCCGGGCUGCGAUGGUUGAGUUUGAAGAUGGUGGUGGCGGUGAUGUUGUACAGGGUGUGCGCACGAAGCCGAUGUUUCAGCCGUCCUCUUCGUCUCUCUCGAAAACCAACGGUAGUGUUCAUGGCAAAACGAGGAAGAAUGGGAAACGGAAAACCGCGGAUCUCGUUGCGGAACGGAAGGCUUCCUUUCGCAGUGCGCUGGCUGGGAAUACACGCGCUGCGGUCGACCCAUUUCUCAACGGCGACAACGCGUGGGAACCGGGAGUUAAGAAGAGAAAAGCCCCGGGGAAGACAGAAGGGAGAAGAAAGAUUGAACGUGCCACUGGUGGUGACUCCCAACCUACUGCGAGCGAUGUCUCGGAGAUGCCGGACGCCACAGAAAAUAGCCAGGCCACUCCUGUUGCUCUCGUUGAUUACGGGUCAGACUCGGAGUGA